CAAUUCUGGGGUUAUUCUGCAGUACCUUUUCGUUCUCGCUGUCUUUCGUUGCCUUCUUUGCCUUGGCUCGUCUUCUGUUCCCUGCUCCGUUUCUCUUCUCUUCUCCUCUCCUCUCCUCUCCUCUCCAUGGCCACGAAGCAUCUCUCUAUCCCUCUCUUCCUCCUCCUAAUUGUCUCCCCUCUUCUCUUCUUCUCCUCCUCUUUACCUUGGGGUGGGGACGAUGCGGCAUCGUGGAAGGCCCCGCUCCGUGCCAUGGAUCUGCUCCCCCUCCUCCCCCGGAGAGUGGCGUGGCCCCUCCUCCGAUCGCUCCGUAGCGCAGUUGACCUCCUCCCCACCUUCGUUGGCUCCGCAUCCUCUCCUGACGCUGACCUCGAAUGGAAGGGCGCCUGCUUUCACAAGAACACCGCGUGGAUGGAGUUCCACAACAAGAGCAAGUCCCAAUUCGGCGGCGGUACGCUCCAUAUCAAGAUAAGCAAUGCUCAUAGUUGGACUUGCAUGGACCUUUAUGUGUUUGCUACACCAUAUCGUGUGACAUGGGAUUACUACCUUUUGUCUCGGGAACAUACUCUUGAUUUUCACAUGUGGGAAGGGGAAGCUGAAUAUGAAUAUGUGAAAAAUCAUGGAGUGUCAAUUUUUCUUAUGGAAUCUGGAAUGAUUGGAACUCUUCAGGCAUUGUGGGAUGUCUUUCCUCUAUUUACAAAUACUGGAUGGGGUGAAAGUUCAAAUCUUGCUUUCCUUGAGAAGCAUAUGGGAACUACAUUUGAGCAACGACCUCAACCGUGGAUUUCAACUAUCAAUGUUAAUGAUAUUCAUUCAGGAGACUUCUUGGCUAUCUCGAAAAUUCGUGGACGUUGGGGUGGAUUUGAAACUUUGGAAAAGUGGGUCAGUGGGGCCUAUGCUGGCCACACUGCAGUUUGCCUAAAGGAUUCUGAAGGAAAACUUUGGAUUGGUGAAUCAGGUCAUGAAAAUGAGAAGGGAGAGGAUAUAAUAGUCAUUCUACCAUGGGAAGAAUGGUGGGAAUUUGAGCUCACUAAAGAUGACUCAAAUCCACACAUUGCAUUGCUUCCACUCCAUCCAGAUAUCAGAGCAAAAUUUAACAACACUGCAGCUUGGGAGUAUGCUAAAAGCAUGUCAAAUAAGCCAUAUGGGUAUCAUAACAUGAUCUUCAGCUGGAUAGAUACUAUAAGUGGGAACUAUCCACCACCUCUUGAUUCGCAUGUGGUGGCUUCUGUGAUGACCAUGUGGAAUAAAAUCCAGCCAGCCUAUGCUGCAAAUAUGUGGAAUGAAGCCCUAAACAAGCGGCUUGGAACUGAGGGUUUUGAUCUGCCUGAAAUCAUUGUUGAAGCUGAAAAGAAUGGUACUUCUUUUGACGAGUUAUUGACAAUUCCUGAACAAGAUGAUUGGAUCUACUCCGAUGGUAAAUCAACAUCAUGUGUUGCUUUCAUUCUCGAACUGUACAAGGCAGCAGGAUUGUUCGACCCGAUUGCCAGCUCUAUACAAGUGACUGAAUUCACUAUCAGAGAUGCCUACACCCUCAAUUUUUUCGAGAGCAACUCGAGCCGUCUGCCGGAGUGGUGCAACAAAUACGAUGAUGUGAAACUUCCUUAUUGUCAAAUUAAGGGCAGAUAUCGGAUGGAACUACCAGAUUACAAUAGCAUGGAGCCAUACCCUCACAUGAAUGAGAGAUGCCCAUCACUACCACCAUAUUAUGAGAGGACGAGUUAUUGCUGAAAGUCAAUGUGUAAGCUGCAUUGUUAUGUCAUGCAGUUUGGUUCUUGUAUAUAUCGAUGUAGGAUAUAUGAGUGGAUACAAGUUGGGGAAGGGAUUCAAUGAACCGUAUUUGGUUUUGUUGGGAAUUAUUGGUCGGUGGUAGGCCACUGGGUGUGCUUAUCCUGUAUUUGUAUAUACAAUAUGUUUAACUGCUGAUCUAAAAUCUCUACGUCUAGAUGUUAGAGGUCCA